UGUCAGCAAGACUCGUUCCGUUUUCAUGCGGCUUGCCCCAUCGCAAAACACCAAAUCGCCGAAGCGAGAUGUGAUGGAGUCUACAUGGAUCCUGGCCCAUAGCGGCGCCAGACGUGGCCGGCGCGGCGGUGCGCGCACGACCCGCACAAAAACCCAACCACCAAUUUCGCGCUCCAUCGUCUACACUCAACACCCCUAACUUCAGACUAGACAGCGCCAACUGCCGCGAAAAACCACGUACUAAUACUAGCAGAUCGGCAGAUGUUUGGCAGAAGCACUUCUGGAUUCGGCGGGUUCGGAGACACCGCCAACCGCGGCGGCUCGCCGUUCGGCGCCGCGCCCACAAACGCCAGCGGCUCACCUUUUGGUGCGGGCACGACCCCGUCCUCCGGGUUUGGCGCCGCUCUGCAGCCAGGCGGCAUUUUCGGCGCUGCGCCCAACAAGCCUGCGGGCGCCGGGUUCGGCGCCUCGGGCGGUGCAUUUGGCGCCCCGGCGAACCCCGGUCUGGCCGUCGGCGGCACGGCAAACGCCGGGUUCGGCGCCCCCGCCAGCACCGGGGGCUUUGGCCUGGGCGGCUCGGUGUUUGGCCAGAACACCGCCGCCACGGGCGGGCUGCCGUUUGGCGCAGCGGGUACGGGCGGCUCCGGCGCGUUUGGCGCCACAAACCCGGGUUUUGGCGGCGGCGCCAAGCCAUUCGGCAGCGCGUUCGGCACGCCGCAGAACAACUCGAUCACGCCCUUUGGAGGCGCCGGUGCGGGCUCCGCGGCGUUUGGCGCGGGCGCAGACCCCACCGCCAACAACGGCACGGCCACCAAGCCGUUCACGCCCUUCACGGAGAAGGACUCCUCCGGCACCAACUACUACCAGAACGUGUCGUCCAUGCCCGAGUACAAGAACUUCUCCUUCGAGGAGUUGCGGCUCAAGGACUACGAGCAGAACCGGCGCUUUGGCACGGGCAACGGUGCGGCGCCCGGCGCGUUCGGCGCGUCGCCGGCGGGCUCCUCGGCUUUCGGCUUUGGCGCGUCCAACAACACGGGCAGUGCAUCGGCAUUUGGCGGAAACACCGGCGCCAACGCCACGGGCGCGUUUGGCCAGUCUAGCGGCACGGGCGCGUUUGGCCAGCCCUCGGGCUCUGCCUUCGGCAGCACGGGUGCCACGGGCGGCUUUGGCCAGCCCGCCGCCGCCCUGGGCGGUCUUUUUGGCCAGUCCAACGCCAGCGCCUCGCCUUUCGGUGCCGCCAACAACGCCAGCGCGGCCCCCGGUGGCUUUGGCUCCGGCGCGUUUGGCAGCGGCGGCUCGGCUUUUGGUGCCGCCAACAAGCCCGCUGGGUUUGGCUCCGGGUUUGGCUCGACCGCCGGCAACACUGCCGGUGGCUUUGGUGCUGCCAACUCAGGCCUGACGGGCUUCGGCGGCUCAGGCUCUGCCUUCGGCGCCAACAACACAGCCAGCGCACCGUUUGGCCAGUCCAACAAUGGCACUAAUGCUUUUGGCGCCAGCGGCAACACUAGCUCUCCUUUUGGCGCCACGGGUAACACCGGAGGUGGUCUCUUUGGAAGCAGCAAUAACGCAGGCGGGUUCGGGAACACCGGCUCCAAUACCGGUUUUGGAAACAACAACAACAACAGCGGGGCUGCCGGCGGGGGGCUUUUCGGCGGUGGAAACUCAGGGUUUGGCGCCAAGCCUGCUGCCCCUGGCGGUGGUCUUUUCGGACUGGCCAACAACAAUCAGCAAACGUCUGGCUUCGGCGCCAAUAACACCGGUGGAGGCCUUUUUGGACAGAGCAACAAUAACACUGGCGGAGGUUUCGGCAACACUAACAAUCAAAACACUGGUGGCGGUUUGUUCGGCAACAACAAUCAGAGCAAUGGUGCAGGAGGUGGUCUCUUUGGGAGCAACAAUCAAAACACCAAUACAGGGGGAGGGCUUUUUGGUGCAAAGCCGGCUGGUACCACCGGUGGAUUAUUUGGAGGCAACAACUCAGCUCCCUCCACAGGUACUGGAUUUGGUGCUCCCCAGAACAAUAAUGCAUCUACCGGUUUGUUUGGAUCCAAGCCAGCCGGAACAACUGGGGGCGGCUUGUUUGGUGGCAACAACAAUGCGCAAGGUACCUCUGGAGGCCUAUUUGGCCUGAACAACAACACGUCGUCCACAACUGGCGGCGGACUCUUUGGCGGAAACUCUAAUACGUCAACAAAUAACGCAGGGUCUACUGGAGGUUUGUUUGGGAACAAGCCAUCCACGGGAGUAGGUGGAGGGCUUGGAGGCGGUGGAUUAUUCGGCAACAACAACCAGUCUGCAACCACCAACAAUAAUAAUUCUGGGGGAUCUUUAUUUGGGGGUAAUAACAGCGGCUCUUUGUUUGGCCAACAAUCUCAACAGCAGCAGCAGCAGCAGCAGCAACCACAAAACAUCGCGUCAUCCGGUUUAAGCAUUCUUUCUCAAAACCCCUACGGAAACAACGCCCUAUUCCAAAGCCUCACUGGGCCUACCGAAGGCACUGGAUCCAAUGCAAAUAUCCCUCUUGCGACCCCAGUCAACCCUCCGGCUAAAAAGGCGGUUAGCUUACGAAGUGCUCACAGAAUCGAGCCAUUGUUCAGAGCAGAAAAGACGGUCAAGCCCGCAGACUCAGCCCUUUCUCCACGCUCAGACUCUGUCAACAAUACUCUUCCAAGGCAGCCAACCCUCUUAGAUGCAGAUGUUGACAAAGCAAUCAUGGCAUCAGAAAUUUUUGCACCCAAAAAAGACUACAAGAAAUUGAUAAUUCAAAGCGCAAAUGGGGCCUCUAGCGGAAUAUCCGCUAUCGAAUCAAAACCAGCUCACCCUAAGCAGGUUACCUUUGAGGUCGAAACUAAGGGGAAAGACGAAGAGAAACCCCUUUUAGACUACAGCUCGCGGGAGAUAAUUGAUAGUGACGGCUACUGGAUGCAUCCUCCGUUGUCGGAACUCAAGAAGAAGUCCUUAUCUGAAUUGAGAGCUGUGGAACACUUCAAGAUUGGUCGUAACUUCUUCGGUUCUAUGGAGUUCACCAAACCAGUUGACCUUUCGGCGUUUAACUUGGAUGAUAUCUGCGGGAAUAUUGUUGUCUUCGGCAAAAAAACUGUGGACUUGUAUCCGGACAACCAAAAACCUAAAGUUGGUGAAGGCUUGAACUUACCUGCAGAGGUUACAUUGGAAGGAUGUUUUCCAAUGAAUCGGAAAACCAGCUCGGCCAUUGUGGACCCCAAAGAUGAAAUUGUCAAGAAACAUAUCAAAUGUUUGAAGUCAUUACCGGAUAUAAAGUUCAAGCACUAUGACCCGCUGACUGGAAAUUGGACUUUCACCUUCGAUCACAUUAGACAGGAGUGAGGAAUUUCAGACGACGCGUCCGGCACAAUAUGUCGAACCAGUUUUACCGCGUCUCAUCAUCGCUGGUGACGCAGCUUGCAUCAAUUAUUCUCGUUUUUAAAAUCAAACAAUUAUAGGAAAUAAAUUAAGAAAAUGGGAGUCAAAGGUC